GCCGCCAUCUUGUUGUUGAUUCGAACCGUCGGGAGCGGGCGAGGGAAGUGCAGGAGCCGGCCUGGGGGGACCCAGCAGCAGCGCCCCCCGGCCGGGCAGGGCAGGUUUGCGAAUAAGAAAAUAUCUCAAAAUCUACUUCUUCAUUGACCUCCUGCAAGCAUUUCAGAUUUGGUAGCUUUUCUAACUGACUUCAGACGCAUGUUUACUUUCUGGGCUCUCUGAGUGGUGGUGAGUUUACUCCUUGAGAAACCACUCCUUCCACCCCAUGCAGCUCUCCCCAUGCCUCCAGUGUGUGACAGGCGUCCUACGCAAUGUGUGUUUGUCAAACCAUGGAGGUGGGGAAGCACGGCAAGAACGCAACCCACACAGGGGGCCGAGGGGUCCUGCUGGAGCCUUUUAUCCAUCAAGUGGGCGGCCACAGCAGCAUGAUGCGCUACGAUGAUCACACGGUGUGCAAGCCUCUCAUCACCAGAGAACAACGCUUCUAUGAAUCCCUGCCUCCAGAAAUGAAAGAAUUCACACCCGAGUACAAAGGUGUGGUGUCUGUCUGUUUUGAGGGAGACAGCGAUGGCUACAUUAACCUGGUAGCAUAUCCCUUUGUGGAGAGUGAAGCCUUGGAACACGAGGAUACGCCAGAGAGGGACCAGCCUCGUCGUAAGCACUCUCGCAGGAGCCUCAACCGGUCAGGCAGUGGCAGCGAUCACAAAGAGGAGAAAGCAGGAUUGCCUGCUGAUUGCAUGGAAAGCAACCAGGACACAAAGAGUAUGAAGAGUUUCCAUUCAGAUGUUCCAUUUCAGAUGCUAGAUGGAAACAGCAGUGUGGGUUCUGAAAAGAUCACCUUUAAUCCAUGGAGCCUGCGUUGCCACAAACAACAGUUGAGCCGCAUGCGUUCAGAGUCCAAGGAACGAAAGCUCUACAAAUUCCUUUUGCUGGAGAAUGUGGUACAUCACUUUAAACUUCCCUGCGUGCUUGACCUGAAAAUGGGGACCAGACAGCAUGGCGAUGAUGCGUCGGAAGAGAAGGCUGCUCGACAGAUGAAGAAGUGUGCACAGAGCACCUCGGCCACGCUAGGAGUACGAGUUUGUGGAAUGCAGGUAUAUCAGUUGGACACAGGGCAUUAUUUGUGCAGGAAUAAAUACUAUGGCAGAGGGCUUUCCAUUGAGGGCUUUCGCAGUGCACUCUACCAGUACCUGCACAAUGGCGUUGAGCUACGAAAGGACCUUUUUGAGCCCAUCCUUAGCAAACUGCGAAGUCUGAAAGCUGUAUUAGAGAGGCAGGCCUCUUACCGGUUCUACUCCAGCUCCUUGCUCAUCAUUUAUGAUGGAAAGGUUGCCCGGUCUGAGGCAAACAUGGAGUGCAGACCAGAGGCGCGCCUGAAGCAAGUGGACCUCUCUCACCCUGAGAGCCUACAAGAUGCCAGCAGCACAGAGUCCUCCACCACCAAGCCUAAGGUGGAUGUACGUAUGAUUGACUUUGCACACAGCACAUUCAAAGGCUUUCGCGAUGACCCUACUGUACAUGAUGGCCCCGAUAUGGGCUAUGUGUUUGGACUAGAGAGCCUUACCAACAUAAUAGGACAGAUGCUGGAUGAGAACCAAUAGCUGUGCACUGGACUCUUUAAUCUUCUCCCCCAAUGAUAGGAACAGAACGGACUACCACCCUUACAGAGAAAGCAGACCCUGCUGCUUUGAAAAUAUUCUGUUGCUCCAGUGCAUUUAACCUCAUCAAAGGACAUAUCCUGGAUAAUCCCGGCAAAAAGGCUUUCACCAUCCUGGCCUGGACGAUUUGUGGGUGGGGGGGGGGGAAGUCCACGGACUCCAGUGUUGGGCAUAUUGUACCUGAGGGUUGGCAUUCAUUGUGCACAGCACCUUGAUUGCAUUUGCUAGGCAUGUGGAGACUGACUCCACAGGAAAACACCGAUGUGGCGUUUCAGGGGUGUAGAUUUUGGGGAUUCCGGUGUCUCUCUUCCUUAUCAACUUUCCACUGAGGCACUAUGGUUUGAACUUCUUUCAUUUGAAAAAGGCAUUCAGAUCCAAGGAAACAUUAGUUAUGGGGCUGACUGAGGCACAUGAUUUGCACACACUCCACUCUGCUAUUGCUGCCCCUGAGCAGAUGUGUGAGAAUCUUCUAAAGGUUACAGAUGAAUACUUCAUUUAUCUUCUCCGAUCUGGGAGUUAUCGGAUCAUCCUACCUGGGGAAAUAAAUGACCAAAGGAAAAUCAGUGCAGUGCUUUAAUGGUUUUGCUUUGCAUCCUGUUGAUGAAGUGUGCCAACCUCCUCAUUGUUUCCUGAAAUCGAUAGAAAUUCCAGAAAGACCUGGUUAGGUGUCAGCCACACUGUCCCACCUCUUAAUUCCUGUAAGUUUCUGGCUAGCUAUAUAUUGUUUGAUAGCACAAUCAGACACGGUAGUCAUGUGUUUAUUAGGUACCAACCCUGCAUGUCAUUUUGGGACGUGUAGGUACAAUAGUAUCUCUCCAGCCUUACUCAGAUCCAAGCACUAUGGUGCUGGAUGGCAGUAUUCCUUCCCCAUCUCCUAAUUUCCUAACAGAAUGAUACACUUCCAUCCACAUUAACAAAUUUUUGAUGAGGGAGUUGAUGAGAAACUGAGGGCACAUUCAUUUUCAGAGCAUGUUCCUUCUGUAGAGGGGAGCAUCUGCCUGGCUUUGGUGGCCUUCUAAUGGAAUGAGCUGCCACCUGUGCUUGUUUUCACCUCAGGGAGUUGGUGUUUGCUGGCCUUGUUCCCAUGAUUAGUGACGUCUUGAAUGCAAUUGGGCCAUAUUCUGGCCCUGCAUACAUGGAUGGGCUUCUGUGUAUGGGGUAAGACAAGGCAUUAGUGAUUUUUAAUAUUAACCUUGACAGCAUUAGUUCAUUUUGUGAAUGAUCAGUUAAUUCAUAGCUCUUGGAAGUGACAACCUUAAGAGCUGUUCCACAGACUUUGGACAAUAGUUGCUCUAGUUAGAGCUUGGCCUAAUAUAGAUGGAUGCACUAGACCUCUUGGAAUGCACUUUUUGGGGAAGGGAACAGUUCUAUGGAGAACUGAUAUUGAGGCAUUAGGGUUGAGGACAGCAGUUGUUUUAAAUGUCCACAGUUGUAUACUUACAGAAAGGGUUAGUUUUUGUCCUGAAACCCCUGCUUGUUGGAGGCAUGUGGGCCUCCCUUAGGGUAGAUGUGGCCUUCGCAGGUCUGUCCUGAAAGUGUUCUUGGAUCUUUUUCAAGGAGCAGCUGGCGGAAACCUAUUUCUCUCUCUUGCCAAUUUGUAGUCUGCAGAAGCAAAGCUUCCUGACUCAGUUCUGCAAGAAGAGCAAAUGAGAGAACCACUUUGUGCAUUGACCAAUCUAGCAUUAAAAUCGGAUCUCACUUUUUUUCCAGUGGGAGCCUCUGUAGUGAGACAUUUUACACUUUGAAGAAAGUAAUGCAAUUUUUCCAACAUUACUUUUGAUUCCCAAAUCUUAAGGAAAAGCUUUGCUUUCUGCCAGCCACUGCUUGGAAGUCUCCAUAUUGAGUUUGAGGUAUCACAAUAAUUUCUGUACUUUUCAUGUUUUGGUUAAACAAAGACCUGAAACAUAUGAGAACAUUUUUUACUUCUUCCAACAUGUACUUCAGUAACAUAGGGAAGACUAUGGAGAACAACUCUGUUUUAAAGUCUAAAUUUUAUCUCCUGUUGUGGUGACCACCUCAUUUUAAAAUCCUUUUACAAAACAAACAACAAACAUAUACCCACAGCUCUCUGGACUGUUCUGAGCUUCACUCUGCGAAUUCCAGAGCAUGUAUAUAGCAUUAUCCCUUUCCUGUUGCUAGUUUUUUUCCUCUUUUUUUUU